GUUCUGUUAUGAAAUCUAAUGCAGGCGACAUUUGUGUUGUGGUGUACUUCGUGAGUCAUUUCUCAAUGAUCUUGUUCUAGACUGUUUGUAAACCGAUUAUGGCUACGUUUGCUGGUCUUGUGCCGCACACAAACCCUCAGGACAACAGGCCGGAGCUCUACGAGGAAGUCCGCCUUUACAGAACUUCAAGAGAAAGAGAAAAGUAUGAUAACAUGGCAGACCUGUACGCUGUCAUCAACACACUGCAGUGCUUGGAAAAAGCCUACAUUAAGGACUGCGUAACAGCAAAGGAGUAUACCGCAGCAUGUUCAAAGCUUCUUGUGCAGUACAAGUCAGCGUUCAAGCAAGUGCAGAGUGAGGAAUUUCCGUCGGUCGAAUCAUUUAUGAAAAAAUUUAGGCUGGAUUGCCCUGCGGCUAUGGAACGAAUCAAAGAGGAUAGACCAAUCACGAUCAAAGAUGACAAAGGAAAUACGAGCAAGUGCAUCGCGGAUAUUGUUUCUCUCUUCAUCACGAUCAUCGACAAACUUCGACUGGAAAUUAAGUCAAUGGAUGAGCUUCAUCCUGAACUUCGAGAAUUGUGUGAAACGAUGAACCGACUUAGUCUGAUUCCUGCUGACUUUGAAGGCAAGGCUAAAGUGGAUGAAUGGUUGCAAACAAUGUCAUCUAUGGCAGCUUCUGAUGAGCUCAACGAAAGCCAAGUGCGGCAACUUAUCUUCGAUCUGGAGUCUUCUUACAAUGCCUUUAACAGGAUCCUGCACAAUUCCACGUAGCCUAGGUUUUCUUGAAAGCACUGUCUUGUAUACAAAUAUAAAUACACGGAGGAGGUCUUAUAUUAAAAAAAUUGUGCUUCAGUGCAACGAAAAAAGAAAAAAAAAGCCUGUUUGUGUGGUUGUUCCCGAAUUGAAGUUUGACCUCAGACAUUAACA